UUGCAGUGUAGUACCUCUAUGCUUCCUCUCGCGAUAUUAGUUCGCACAAAGGUAAUGCAUGCUGGGUAGUACUUCCUUUCUCUCGAGGCCAUAGUUUGUGUUACAAGCUGGUUGGUCACAAAGGACCGAACCGCAAACAUGGUGGCCGCAAAGAAAACGAAAAAGUCGCUGGAGUCGAUCAACUCCCGGCUCCAGCUGGUGAUGAAGAGCGGCAAAUACGUGCUGGGCUACAAGCAGGCACUGAAGAUGAUCAGACAGGGCAAAGCCAAGCUGAUUAUCCUGGCCAAUAACUGCCCUAAUCUGAGGAAAUCCGAAGUUGAGUACUACGCUAUGCUGGCCAAGACCGGUGUUCACCAUUACAGUGGGAAUAACAUUGAGCUUGGCACAGCCUGUGGUAGAUACUACAGAGUGUGCACCCUGGCCAUCAUUGACCCUGGCGAUUCCGACAUCAUCAGAAGCAUGCCAGACCAGCAGCAGGGCGAAAAGUGAAGUCUUUCUUUUUCUCCUCCCUUAAGUUGUUAUAAAUAAAUCAUUUGAAAAAAUGCCUGGGUAUUUGUGUGGGACUUCAGUCUUUUUGUGCUAAUAUGUAGCAAACAUGCUCCAAGUCUGAGGAAUAUAAUUUAAUUUGGUUUUAUGUGGACUGAUUUGUUGUAGCAGUGGCAAACGCUUCCCUGUAGGUUUAAGUAAUCCCUCUCCAGAAGCAAUGACAGGGAGGGCCUUUAUGUACUAAGCAGCAGUUCUGCUCAAAUGGUUAUAUUUGUGUGUUCCCAUGGAAAUUCUGCUUGCAUCUGGAGUCACCACUGUGCUUGUUUCACCCAGAUAGGGUGCGCUGCAGCUGCAGUCUGCAUUUCUCAUACAAUUAAAUUUAAACUUAUAUGUUAAAGUGAUGCUGACCUCCAGUAAACAAAUAUGAAGGACAAUGUUAAUGUUUAGUUUCCCUCUCUUCUGUGGUUUCUUUACAACACACAUACACACAAUCUCAGUGUCAAAUGCUACAGUCCAUCUUGUUCCUGAUAACUGGAAUUAUAUGUAAUCUAUGCAGUAUUUUAUAUUUGGUUUCCUCUGUUGCAAGUAAAGACUGUUCUGACAGAU